AUGCCCUUGCUCGACUUUCCAGCUCUACCCACUCUGCUGAGUGACAGUGAGAAAACGGCAGCAGGCGCCUACCACAAGUUGCUGUUAGAUAAAGAGGAGGAGGGGGUGCUCCCCGAUAACUUGUAUAUCAAAUCGACUGAACGCACCAGAGAAAACGAGGCAGUCGCGAUGCAGAUGGCCCGUGCUUUAGGCCUACCAGUACACAAAGUCUACUCGUACGGCGAACACCAUGAGAAUGGUAGAGUCAUAGGAUCGAUUCUCAUGGAAGCCAUGCCUGGAGAAAUGCUCGACGAAGUCCACGAAGGCAUGACACCCGAGGAGAAAGAAACUGUAGCUGCCGAAUUGAAGCACUAUCUUGGAAUCAUGCGAAGCUAUUCAAACCCCUGGGGAACUACAGUGUGCUCUGUCAUUGGAGGUUCCUUGUACAGCACACGUACUUGUCCGCGAAUAUUUGUCCCUUGUGACGAUGAAGCUGCAUUCAACACUUUUCUACACUAUUGCUGUCGCCCCACAGACGAGGGCUAUCAUGGCUGUAUACCUUUUAAGGAGGCGCAACGUCGUGCUCACUUGAUGGAUAACAUGCCUCAUCAGAUCGUAUUUACUCACGGCGACUUGUGGUCCCACAAUAUCCUCGUUAAGGAUGGCCAUAUCACAGCAAUAAUCGAUUGGGAGACGGCAGGGUGGUAUCCAGAGUACUGGGAAAUCACCACGCCUCAACGGUGGCAAAGCCCAGAUUCUUUUUGGCCAAAGACCCUGAAGUUCAUCACAGACGAUAAGUACGCGGAGGAGUUUCAGUGUGAGAUUGCCUUGUGGGAGCUUAGCGCAGACGCUAUUGCUGGGUUUUGA